GCAGGCGAGGUAGACGUACGCGCUGUUAAUAAUAUUUUUCACUAGUGAUGUAAACAAAAAUGAUAUUUUUUUAGUGAAUUAAGAUUGUUAUUGACAGAGUGCAGUGAAGAAUAUGUUUUAAAAGUGCAGUACGGUUGUUACAUGAGAGGAUUGUGGUGGAAAUUUCGAGAGAACGGUCAAAAUGGCGUCCACAUUUGUUCUACAAAUAUUCUUAGCAGCUAUCGUGCCAGCCUUUGCGGAUAUUCAAAUGAAGUUCACAAAAUAUCCUGAGUCGGUGAUAGCACCUGUGGGUUCUAACGUCACAUUUGAGUGUGAAGUGACGGUGCCUGGUGAACGGCUGACGUGGCGCUGGAACCAAGCUGACCACAUAGAGAACAGCUGGACUGAGAUUGCUGGGAUCACCGAUAGGAACAUCUAUACUAAACUAAAUGUGGAAGUUAAAGAAGACACUAUAGAUACUUUGUAUCAGUGUGUCGUUUGGUACGGAGCCAUCAGUCUAGUGUCAGUCCCUGCAAAACUGACGGUUGCAAAAAUAAGUCCUACCAAGAUUAGUACUAGGAAGCGAGUUAUAACAGCACCUCCACAUAACACGGUGGCGCUACACUGCAAGGAGCCAAUGUCAGAACCACCUGCUGUAAUAAAAUGGUGGAGAGAAACGAAGAAUAUAAGAAAACAAAUUGAAACUCGGCAUGGAGUACUAGUUAUACAUAAUGCAACCGUUGAGGACAGCGGUACAUAUAUUUGUUCGGCUACAAACGAAUUGAGCAGGGGAUCUAGCCCACCGGAGAUUAUAGUUCUGAAGAUCGAACGCGAUGACGGCCACACAAGAUUCCUUGAAAGAGAAGAUGAAUUGGGACCAGUGGACAAUAAGAGCGUGAUAACUGUGUCCGUGAAAAUAAACGGCACUGUGCGAUUGUGGUGUGAUGCAGUCGGUUCUCCACCACCUCGUAUAUCCUGGAGUCAUGAGAAGAAGGACCUAUCGCACAUGCAUGGCCACGUGUUGACAAUACCCAAAUUAAGCGCGGCUGAUGAGGGUGUAUAUCACUGCAUGGCUAACAGAGUACGUCGGUCGUGGAGGGUGGUUGCAUUGCAACCUCCCCGCUGGGAGGGCGCUGUGGGGAACGUGAGUGCGUGCGAGGGAAGUGUCGCGGAGGUUGCGUGCGGGACGCCCCGGGGACAACCACCGCCCAAAGUUCACUGGUUGCUCAAUGCGGAACCACUGAAAUUCGGGAAAGGAAUUCAAGCCAACGAUUCUGUGUUGCACAUCGACCGUGCAGAGAAACGCCAUGCGGGCAUAGUGCAGUGUUUCGCGUGCAACCCCCUCGGUUGUGCGUACGACGGCACUCUGCUUACUGUCGUACCUAUGCAGAUAUCUGAUGAGGAAUAUUUGGCAGAAGCUCCAAAAACACUACAUUCAUCUCAACAUAACAAAAAACACCGAAAACGGAGACCACCUACUUUAGUGCCUCCAUCUCGGCCAAAUAUAACGCGAUUCUCCGAUGACAGUGUCAUACUGAGCUGGUCCCACCAAAAUAUUGGCUUGCCCGUCGAAUUCUAUAAGAUCCAAUACAGAGAGGUGACAAACUCAAGUAACGGGAAUGAUUGGCAAACGGACAAUACACGGAUAUCACACUUUACUCAUUCGUACCAAAUAGAUGGACUUGUACCUAAUACUUAUUACAAGUUUCGAGUAGCAGCGGUGUAUUCAAAUAAAGACAAUAAGCAAGGGAAAAGCAGCAGUAAAUUUUUCCUACAGAAAGGUACUUUUCAAGCACCCGCCACACCGGUACUCACAGACGUGGACCCCGUAUCGCCUAAUAGUGUACGACUAUCAUGGACGUGGAACCGAGCGGGCGGCGUGAUGCCGGAGGGGUUCUACGUGUGCUACCGCACGGUGUCGAGCGCGGGCGCAUACGAGAAGGCGGCCGUGGGCGGCGGGCCGGGCGCUCGCACCGCGCUCGUGCCGCACCUGCUGCCCGACACCGCCUACGAGUUCAAGAUCUGGGCCUACACCGCGCAGGCGCCCUCCAACUUCAGUCUCAUCAAGUUGGGUAAGACGCUGCGGGACAGCGCGAUGGAGGAGGCGACGCGGGUCGCUCCCGAGGAGGGAGCCCCUUCGGGGGCGGGCGCGGGGGCGGCGGCGGGGGCGGGCGCGGGGGCGGGCGCGGGCGGCGCGGGGGGCGCGGGCGGCGGCGCGGGGCUGCUGACGGGCGGCGUGCUGGGCGCGGCCGCGGUGCUGCUGCUGCUCGCAGCCACCUUCGUGCUGUGCCGCCGCGCCAGGAGGCCCACAGACAAAGAAAAAGGAUCAGUGCCUGAAAGUGGUGGUGCAAAUGGAUACAUACCAGCGAAGGUGCCCAUCACUAUUACUGCCAACCCCAUGCACGCCGAGGGAGGUGAUGGUGGGGUGGAAAUGUCCUUUAUUCACAACAAUAAUACCGGAAAUGAUGACACAUUACCCCAUUCUAGGAAGAACGGCCCGGCUCGACAAUAUGUGUGAGAUGAAAUAAAGACUGGGGUCAGUAACCGCCAACGAAUUACGUGUUGCCACAUUUCUUAAAUACAAUUGGUAUAAUAAUGUGGCAUAUUUAUAAGUAAAUUGUGAUAACAAAAUCGUUUAUACAGUGCGGGACUUGUAACAGUACAAAAUUAUAUUUAUUUAAAAAAAGUGACGUGACGCAUACAAAAUUUGUGUAAAUUCAUAGACUCUUAGAUCUGAACAUUACACGUCACGCGUACUAUUUACAAUUAAUGCUAAUAUUUAGUUAUAAGUUUUACAAUUGAUUUUAUUUAUUGUAACUGCCUCUAACUCGUAGAGAUAGGUAUUUGUUAUAGUAUAUAUAAGUAAAAUAGAUCUGACGUUCUCAUGUUUCCGCUGGUAUUAAGGGUGUGGUAAGCUUGUUACGCUUAGAUUUAUUAUUUCAUAUAUAUCAGAACUAGUGCUUGGGCUUCAGUAUAUUUGGGGCCUUGAGCACUUUAAGGUAAUGAAGCCCCGAAGACGGCAGGGGACUAUUUUAUUAAUAAUAGCAAAAAGGAAUAAGGGUAGUAAGCAAAAAACUAGAACUAACUUAAUGGAUCUCGGGAAUCUAUGAGUACAUCUAGAGUAAAAGAGCUCAAAGAAUAGGGGGAUCUGCCGAUCUACUCUGGGAACUAAUUCUAUUUUAAUGACAUUGGAUUUCGCACUUUGUUAUUGUUUUGUCUUGAAUGAAUUUGAAAUUAAUAAAUUGUAGUAACGUACAAUAUAUUAAUUUCAUAUUUCGUAUUCAAUUAAAGAACUUAUUCAUAUUGUAAUAGAUUAAUUCGAUUUAAUCUUGAUUACGCUUCAAAAUGACUAUACGAAAAUGGAUUGUAUUGAAAUAUUAUAUUGAAUUUAUACUAUAGAGUAGACCUGCAGAUCUUAUGUGUGCAUAUGGAAAUACGAUUGCAUUUUGAUGUUGUGUACCUCUGGAGGUUGAGUUACAAGGUAGGGACAUGUAAUAACUAGUUCUAUGGAAUGUUUUAGGGGUGACAAUGCAUGAAGAGCAUCACGACGAUCAGUGAUAAUGUUAAAAUAUAUGUGAUACCUACUGUUGAAAGCUGUUUAGAUUAAUAUUGCAAGUUUUGGAAUCCUUUUGCAUUACAAAUUAGCGUCACAUUAGAUCCAUCCACGGAUAUUGUAUUUAUGAGUAUUAUUGUUUGUAUUGGUCUGGUUGGUUUUAUGUAUAUUAUGACUGUAUUCAGCAAAAAAGUGCAUUCAAGUAUCUAGUUGUCUUCUACCCAUCAUAACACAAGCUCUGCUUAGGACUAGAUGGCGCUAUGUGGAUUGUCCAGGAUUUGAUUGUAUUAUGAACUAAACUGUUUUGUAGAUGCUAUAACUAGCACUCUUAAUUGCGUCUCAAGAGUAGGUUAUAUACUUAUAAAAUUGGAUUGCACUGUAAUGCAUAUUGAGAUUAGAUUGAAAAAUGUACCUGCAAAUGUACCGUCACCUUGUUUGCCAUUUUCAUUUAUAUAAAAACCUAAAUAGAAAUAUUUUAUACCUACACGUAUAGCAAAUAUAUUUUACAUGGCAAUGUACUUAAAAGUAUUAUAAAUUAUUAUUGAAAUGUGUUGUUCUUUGAACUUUGCGUUAUCAAGUUUAAGCUCGUAACAGCUGUACGUAGAAUAUCUAUUUAAUGUAUGUAUGUUAUAAUUAACAAAUAAUUAAUAGCUGCUAUACUUUUAAAAGGUUGUGAUGCCAUCUAUGCGUAUUACAUACAUAUAGUUUAUAUUAUAUUCCAAUUUAUAUUUAAUAAAUAGAAUACAGAUAUCGUCGGCAAAGUGCCAAUACCUUAAAACUGAUAUUUUUGAAAAAUUGGACUUUAUUCGACUUAGGUAUAGGGUUCAAUUUCAAAUGUAUGUUCAGGAUCUCGCAAAUAAGAAUUUCAUAUUCACUUAAAUAUUUCCAAGUAUAUAAAUAUUUAUUAUUUAAAUAUGUUUGUAAAAUUUAUAUUGAUAUUAUUAUUUGGUCGACUUCGAUUCUCUUAAUUGGAGAAGAUAAUACAAGUACGAGUAUUUGUGUAUGUACGAAAAGACAAUGGGUAAAUAAGCUUAUGAUAAAACUGAAUCUUAUUAGUACUUAAUUUAUUGACAUCGUUCAAGUUUGUAUGUGUACUAGUAUUCUCAGUGAUAACUCAUUCUGAUGAAUUUAAAUCUAAUUCAGAAGUUCAUCAUUGAAAAUGUAACGAAUAAAGAUCCCAAUAAACUAUAUCUCUCAUUUCUAUUCAUAAUACAAGAUUAGCAAAUGAAAUAUAUCUUUGAUACAGUUUUUAUGUAUUCCUUUAAAAUUAUUAUAAAAACAGUAUCCAGCGAAAUCUGCUGAUCUCACGUGUUUUUAGAAAAACUUUGUUAAUGAGCAUCGAAAUUACUUUCUGAACGACUCCGUUUUAGUGUUUUGUUGUGCGUUUAUGUGUUAUUAAGUCACUGUAUCUUAAGAUUCAAGUUAAUCUAUCAAUCACAUUACAUAGAUUAAAUUUAAAAUUUGUUUUAAAUCAUAUAAAACUUAAUAUUGUAAUAUAGAAUGAAAAUUUUUGUAAUAAUUAUAACUCAUAUUUGUUAAAGCAAAAACGUUCGUACUACCACUACCACUACUUUACUUUUGUUCUAUAAAACCUACACUUAUUUUAAUGUAAUCUUAAAAAUCGCAUUUAUUGCACUUGUUUAUUCGGACUCAUGUUCUAAGACUGACGAUGAAAUUAAUUUAAGGUCAAUAAAGAUAUUGUGUAUCAGUAUACUUAAUUAGGUAUGAAUGUACGACGUGAAAUAUUAUUUUCAUUGAAUUUUAUUAAAAAUAGACUGAUUUUAUAAUGGUUUUUAUUUGUUUUUUAUUUAUAAUGAUGCGGCAUUGUACAUAUUUAUAUAAAAAUACUAUUACUUUGACAUAAAAAUCAAAUAUAUUACGAUUAUCUCGAAAUUUAAUGUCGGUCAUAGUUGAAUUGCGAAUAGGCUUCUUUUGCGAAGUUCUUACUUUUUAUUUUAGUGAAUUAUGUUCAUCUGUAUGAAGUAUUUCUUAAAUAGAUGCCUUAUAUAUAUUAUGUGUAAUUCAAACUGUAUGAAAUUGUAGCAAAA